AAGGAAUUUCCGUUCUCCUUUGCAUGCGGUUGUACUAUGAAAAAAGGGUUCUCCGUGGACAAAAUUCAUGCUUCGUGAAUGAAACUUCUGCUGUGCGACAACCACCGUCCCUCCAUUUUGCCCUGUGCGCGACGCGGGAGUUUCUGCCGCGUCGAUUUCUCUGCAAACGCGUUCCUCGGGACAAACGAGGUCCUAUCCUGCAGUUUCUGGCAUCCCGGAAGGCCAGAUAGAUUUUCACUUCCGACCGAAACUGCGUUUGCCCGUCUUUCUGAGAACAAGAUGCUAUCUCAAGCCACAGCGGGAGCUGCUCGGGCGCUUCUGCGUCCUGUCUGUUGGGCACGAGCGCCGGGCGUUUCGCAUUCUUUCCAAAGUCUGAGGAACCGAUUUUUUAGUAGCAACAGCACUGGCGCAGUUGACAACACUGUGCAGAUGCUCGUUGCGAAGCCGCGACCGACUCAGUACCAAACUGAAAUCUGUAACCAGGCGACGAAUGUGCAGCCCGGAGUCGAAAAAGAUCCGACCAAGGGCAUCAUCGCGAUGUGCGUGCUCCUCUUCGCCGUACCCUGCAUUCACACGAAGCUUGAACUCAGCAAAUACUACAGCGAACAUGGCCACCGCUACGAGACUGGCUGGAACGUGUUCCACUACGAUUCCGCAAAGAACACCUAUUUGUCGUGAGGGGAACUUCUGUGCACAACUUCGUCAACAUCGUCAAGCGCAUGAUGGUCUAUUUUGUAUAAGAGCGGAAAUGUGCUUGACGCCUUCUCCAUUUUCACGGACUGCCCGCUCGGUCGGUCUCUCGUAAUUCUUGCUGAGUUGCAAUGCGUGUUCCAUGAGCUGACGAAAAGUUCAAGUUGCUCCCUGCUAAGGGAGGUGUUUCUUUUUGUCGUUUUCGGGCAGUAAGACCGAGCCUCGCGGAGAAUUUAAACGCGUUUCAUUACGUGGAAGCGGCCGCUUGAUGCUGUUUCCCUUCGAAAAAACAAAAGUGCCUCCGGAUGGAAGGCACAAACUUCUCUGUUACGCGAAGGAAGAACGGGUGUGAAAUGUUCGUUCAUCACCGC